CACCAUGGUAGUGGAAGCUAUCAAAACCAAACCACGACGCCGUCGUGGUUCCAAAUCGGAAAGUAGGCAACACAGUCAAAGCGAGAGCGCCGCGGUGGAAAGUUCGUCAACGUAUCAGCCGCACAGUACCUUGCUGAUUCAACUGAACGAAGAUGCCCCAACCUGGUACCGCCUCGGCAACAAGCAGUACGCGGAAGAGCGAGACGCUACCACCGCAUCCAAUCCACCCGAAAAGGGACAACGAGUUAGCAAAGAUCUCGUUCUAAAGUAUCGGGCCCUGGGAGACGCAAUCUAUCGACGGGAGGUGCAGCUCUUUGGCAAGGAAUCAAACACUUCGGAUGAUCGAUGGGUAGAGUCCACCAUGAAGAAAGGUACACUCAAGGAUCGCGUCGCUGCUAUGAGUGUGGUCGUUAGCACUGAUCCGGUACAUAAGUUCUACGUAUUGGAUGGACUGUUGAACAUGGCGGGCUGUUCCGAUUCGAAUUCUUCGACUCAAACAAAUUCUCGUGUGGCUCAGCUUGCUGCAGAAGCACUGGAAGACCUCUUCGUUAACACCUUUCUACCGAAUCGGCGCAAACUGAUAUCAAUGGAACAACGUCCCCUAUACCUGUACGAGAGCGAAGGCGUAAAGAACACGACGAAAAAGACCCUGUCCCCGCGGAUUCUUCUUCUAUGGCGCUUCGAAGAAAUGGUCAAGGCCAAGUAUCAUCUGUUUCUACGUCAAUACGUAUCCCUAAUACUUCGAGAAGGAACGGAGUUACAAAAAAUUCCAACUAUUCGUCUUGCUGCAGUUCUUUUGCGUUCCAUUCCAGAAGGAGAAUCUACAUUGUUACCAGUAAUUGUCAAUAAACUUGGCGACCCAGCCAAAAAAGUUUCGGCUGGCGCUGCCUUUGAGCUACGAAAACUUCUCCAACAGCAUACAGCUAUGCAAGUGAUUGUGGCGCGAGAAGUGCAACAGCUUGCUCACCGACCACAUCUAUCAUCACGGGCUUUAUAUAAUUGUAUCACCUUUUUGAACCAGCUGAAAUUAAAACGGGAAGAGACUCAAGGGGGAGCCGACGAAGCGACCGAGCCGUCACUACCUGCGUCUCUGAUCAGCACGUACUUUCGUUUGUUCGAACUUGCCGUACAAAAACCUAAAAAAAAGGAAACAGCGAAUGAGGAAGAGGCAGGAAUGAAAUCUCGACUUUUAUCGGCACUGCUGACAGGCGUGAAUCGAGCCCACCCCUAUUUGCCUCAUCAUGAUUCAACAAUGGAACAGCACAUCGAUGCCCUCUACCGGGUCGUGCAUACAGCACCGGCCGCUGCCACGACACAGGCGCUACUACUGCUUUUUCACUUGUCCGUUGGUGCGGAAUUCGAACAGGACCAGCGACAAACGAUUUCGCGCAAAUUACGCCCUGAAGAGCAUGCCCGCCGUGAUCGCUUCUAUCGAGCCUUGUAUUCAACGCUGGCGCAGCCCUCCCUUUUGGGUACCGGCAAACACCUUACAAUGUUCUUCAAUCUUCUUUACAAAGCCAUGAAAUAUGACAAUGACCAAACUCGCGUGGUUGCAUUCGCGAAACGUAUUUUAUGUACAACCAUUCACUGUUCUUCAUCGGUAGUUGCUGGUUCUCUUUUUCUGCUUAACGAAAUAACGAAACACCACGGGAACCUACUAUCCUGCUUUCAAGAUGUCUUGGAAGGAUCCGACGCUUUUCGUGUUUUGGAUCCAACCAAACGAGAACCUCGCGGUGCUUUAGUCUUAUCGGAGUAUGUCGAUGCACCUGAAAUAGCUUCCGAAGAAAACGAACAAUCAAUCGAGAAAGCUAUAACGAAAGCUCCGCUGUGGGAAUUGACGUUGUUGUUGAAACAUUUUCACCCAUCGGUCUCAAGGUUCGCCAGUGCAAUUGGGAACAUUGACUACAGUGGCGACCCUUUGCGCGAUUUUGGUGUGGGACCGUUCCUGGAUAAGUUCGCUUACCGUAAUCCAAAGUCGAUUGAUCGGGUAGCUGGCAAAUUUCAACGCGGUGAGAGCGUGGCAGAGCGAAAGAGUGGUACUGGGCUUUUGGUAGAGUCACAGGUUGCGCUACCUCUGAAUGACCCAAGCUUUUUAAGCAAUCCCAACGUCGACGCACCUGAUGACUUUUUCCACAAAUUCUUUUUGGAGCAAGCUCGGCGUGACAAACUCAAAGGCAUUGUCCGGCAUAAACCAAAAGUUGAUGCUGUAGAACAUUUGGAGGAAGAUGCUUUUGACGAGGCCGAAGUAGCAACUUUGGACGUACAAAAAUUUGAUGAUUUGGAGCAAGGCUGGGAAACCGAUGAUGAUGAGGAGGCCUAUGUCGACGCUUUGGCACAAAAAAUUAUCGAAGACUCGAUUAACGAAAACGGGCCCGCGGAUCUUGACGAGGAAGAUCCAGAUAUGGAAGGUUGGGGGGAUAUGUAUAGUGAUGAAGAACUAGAGGAUGAGAGCGACGACGAAAGUGAGUCGUCACAGAAGGGCAAAGCCCUGACCAGAAACGACACCAUUGUAGGCGACGGUAUCAAAGAUCUUGACAGCGAAGAAAAUGAUGUCGAUGCGUUCAUGGAUAUUGACGGAGCCGAUAGUAGCGUAAGUGACGAUGACGAGCUGUUCAUGGACGAGCAGUUGGUGUUGAUGAGUGUCGACUUGGAUGGUUUGGAUUCGUCGGACGACCACAUCUCCGACAGCGGUGUGGAUGGCAACUUGACGUUGAUAAAUGAAGAGAAAUCUAAUGACGGCGAAGUUGUCGAGGAAGGAGCCUCGUUGAACCAUACAGUAGAGGGAUUAGCCACCUUUGUAGAUGCUGAUGAAUAUGAAGCAAUGAUAACGAAAUCCUGGAACGAGAAAAAGCGCUCGAGAAAACGAAUCGAUGGAAAAAGUGACCAUGCAAGAGCGACUUCACCAAAGAGAAGGAUGUAAAUAUUGCAUAGCUUACAACAGCUAAAUCACCACCGUGCAGUAC